GGGUUAUGUAAAAUAAUUUGGUUUGAGCUAAAUUUUAAAUUAAAACUCUUAAAUCAGCGGUUUAACUCUUCACAAUGGUCUUUUUAAGUUUAACACAAUUAGUACGCUCUCGAGGCCCAGAUGAAUUCUGGCGUAAGCGACGCAUAUUCAAAAUGGCAGCGCACUAUCGGAAUCGCCCCCGCAAUGUUUACUCCCUAGCAGUGAGAAUCGUGCAUAGAGCGCUCGCCUAUGCCACAAAAGGUCGGAAGCUGAAGAAACUGGACAUGGCUGCACUGUGGACAACACGAGUCGAAGCCGGUUGUCAGCAAUAUGGUGUCCCAUUGGAAGCAUUUAAAGAAGGCUUGGCACGCUCCGACAUUAUGCUGAAUAAAAAAAUGCUCUCCGAUUUGGCAAUUUGGGAGCCGCGCUCGUUUGAGGCUUUGGUGAAAAUCUCCCGUGAACGUGCAGCUGUUGAAGGUCUGCCAGAUAUCAAGCAGCGCUCAGCCUUCAAUCAGGUCUAUGGACUGUCCAACUUGAAGCUGGAUUAGUACUUACAUAUGUGGUUCUUAGUUAGGAAUUUCAAAUACACAGAUUAUGUUUAAAGAAUUAA